AUGGCCAACGCUCAACUCGCCAGCUUCAAGAUCCCCGUCGUCGACAAUGAGCCCAUGAGGGCCUACGCCAUGGAGUCGGGCGACCGAAAGAACCUCCAGGCUGCCGUCGCCAAGAUGGAGUCUCAGCUCCCCUUCGACAUCCCUUGUAUCAUCGACGGUCAAGAAGUCCGAACCGGCAACACCCUCCCCCAAGUCCUCCCCCACGACCACAAGCGCAACCUCGCCAACGCUCACUCUGCCACCCCCGAAUUGCUCGCCAAGGCCAUCGAGUCGAGCGUCAAGGCGCAAAAGGCUUGGGAGGAUAUGCCUUGGGCGGACAAGGCGGCCAUCUUUUUGAAGGCUGCCGAUCUCAUCGCUGGCAAGUACAGGUUCGAGUUGAUGGCGGCGACCAUGUUGGGACAGGGAAAGAACGCUUGGCAGGCAGAGAUCGACGCCGCGGCCGAGAUGGCGGAUUUCUUCAGGUUUGGUGUCAAGUACGUCGAGGAGCUCUUCCAGAUCCAGCCUCCUAGGAACACCCCGGGUACCUGGAACCGAACCGAGUACAGGCCCCUCGAAGGUUUCGUUCUCGCCGUCACCCCCUUCAACUUUACCGCUAUCGGAGGAAACCUCGUCUUUGCCCCCGCCAUCAUGGGCAACGUCUGCAUCUGGAAGCCUUCCCCCGCCGCCGUCUACGCCAACUUUUUGACCCACAAGAUCAUGCUCGAGGCUGGGUUGCCUCCCAGCGUCAUCCAGUUCACUCCCGGUAACCCUCCCGAGAUCGUCAAGCAGUGCAUCGACCACAGGGACUUUGCCGGUCUCCACUUUACCGGAUCCACCCACAUCUUCAAGAAGCUCUGGAAGGACAUUGCACAGAACCUCGACAUCUACAAGGGUUACCCCAGGAUCGUCGGAGAGACCGGUGGAAAGAACUUCCACUUGUACCACCCUUCCGCCGACGUCAAGUCGGGCGUCAUGCAGGCCAUCCGAGCCGGGUUCGAGUACCAGGGACAGAAGUGUUCCGCCCUCUCGAGGUGUUACGUCCCCAAGUCCAAGUGGACCGAGUUUGAGCGCAUCUUGAAGGAGGAGGUCAAGAAGAUCACCGUCGGACCUCCUACCGAGUGGCAACACUUUGUCGGACCCGUCAUCGGACGACCGGCUUUCGAGAAGAUUACCGGCAUGAUCACCAAGGGCAAAGAGGCCGGUGGAGAGAUCAUCACCGGAGGUACCUGGGACGACUCGAAGGGAUUCUACGUUCAGCCCACCGUCAUCCUCACCAAGGACCCCAAGUCGGUCACCAUGACCGAGGAGAUCUUUGGACCCGUCAUCACCGUCUACGUCUACGACGACGCCGAGGAGGGUGCUUGGGAAAAGACCUGCCAGCUCAUCGACACUACCACCGAAUACGCCUUGACCGGUGCCGUCUUCUCGGCCGACCGAACAGAGUUGAUCAAGGCUUCCAACUACUUGAGGAACUCGGCGGGUAACUUUUACCUCAACGACAAGUGUACCGGUGCCGUCGUCGGCCAACAACCCUUCGGUGGAGCUCGUGCGUCGGGUACCAACGACAAGUCUGGAUCCAUGUCCAUCUUCUACCGAUUCGCCUCGGCCCGAUCGAUCAAGGAGAACUUUGGCUCCGUCGAGGACUUUGCCUACCCUUCCAACAGCGUCUAG